CCUGGUCAGUCUAUGUCAUGGAAAUAGCAGGUGUCCUUCAUGUUUUGUACACUGUGUAUAUAUUUAUUGUGUGUCUGUCAUUGAGGGACAUCAUUGCUCCAGGGUACACAGCAGAAUAGGAACCUUGUUCACUCAUGCGUAUAUAUAUCCAUGCCUCCCAACUUCAAUGCGUGCAAGUUAAGUUUGUGGAUUUAUGACUAUACCCCACCCCCAGUUCACUACAGUCUGACUGUGCUAUUAACCAUUGUUCACAUAUCCCUAGUUCCCUAUGGCUCAUUACACAAAGCUUAGCUGCACUGAAAUGAAAAAAAGAAGACAUCUCAGUCUGGAGGCUUGAGGAUUUGGACCAAAUAGAACAAAUCAGCAAAAGCUGACACAACCCCAAAAGUUUUUGGAAAUAAAUAAAGUCAAACAGGUAUUUCUGGCACUCCUCGCAGACUCACCGGACUAUGAUAAGCUCUGCCGUCUAUGAAAACAACUUGCAAACCUCUCGCUGACAAAUUUAAGACUGUUUGAGGCAGGUUCAUUAACCCAUUGAUUACCAUAGGACAAAGGCAUUAUCCACACACAAUGAGGAAGAGGGAAAGUUUAUUGGUCCUUAAGACAUCCACACUUCCUCCCUUUUCCUUCAGCCUUGUAUUUAGUCAAAUACAGAUGGCAGGGAUGGAGUUACAUUACGGGGGUUAAAAUUGAAAUGCAUUUUUCAGUUUUGUCGUGGCAAACUAUAGAGCAAAGGUUUAUACAGAUGAGUUACCCAUACAUUAUACACCACUCAUUAAAAUCAUGACUUCAUGCAACCAGAUCAAAAGAUAUGAGAUGCUUGGAGGCAUCUUUAUAAUGUCAACAGUGCUGAAACCCAACCCCAUUCGGCCCUCCUCUCUUAUAAAGGAGGAGGGAGAGGCUCAGGGGCUCACAGACACACUGGGUCUCAGGAUGUCUAUCACUGCUGCUACACACUCAGGAAGCUAACUGGAACCUUCCAUCACUGCUGUUCUUCUCUAACUACCUGCACAAAGCCAGAAUUUUGGACAUUGCACAAGCCUACCUCACCUGGAUCUGCAGCAGGCAAAAAAGGCUUUGGAUUGAGGGACAAUGCUGUUCCCUACUGUGACCUGGCUCCUGCUGGUAGCAGGGCUGUUGGGUGUCUGGGCUCAGGACUACUAUGAAGAGAAAACAGUGAACAAGAGACCCAGGGGCAGGGGGGCCCAACUGCAAGCUGCAGCCAUUGCAACUAACGUACAAAAACAUAAUGGACAAGCCAUUUUAGAUGAGGACUGCGGUCUGGAGCUUACCUUUCUGCUGGACAGCUCUGAGAGUGCCAAGGAGAACCAUGAGCAGGAGAAGCGCUUUGCCAUGGAUGUAGUGGACAGGCUCCAGGCCGCCCGUCUGCAGACGGGCCGCAGUCUGAGCUGGAAGGCGGCCCUGCUGCAGUACAGCAGUCACGUCAUCAUCGAGCAGACCUUCAAGCAGUGGAGGGGCACCGACAACUUCAAGUCCCACAUCACCCCCAUUGUCUACAUCGGCCACGGCACCUACACCACCUACGCCAUCACCAACAUGACCAAGAUGUACCAGGAGGAGUCCAGCCCAGGCAACAUCAAGGUGGCCAUGCUGCUCACUGACGGCAUCUCCCACCCCAGGAAUCCAGACAUCUUCUCAGCUGCCGCUGACGCCAAGAACCAGGGGGUUAAGUUCUUCACGGUGGGCAUAACCCGUGCAGCCAACGAGUCAGCCAACGUGGCCCAGCUGCGUUUGUUGGCCAGUUCCCCUGCCUCCCGAUACCUCCACAACCUGCAGGAUAUUGACAUUGUGGAGAAAGUCCUCAAAGAAAUUACUGACCUGGCUGAUGAAGGGUGUCCCCCGACCCACCAAUGUGCCUGUGAGAAGGGCGAAAGAGGACUCAGUGGCUUAGCCGGGAAGAAGGGUCGCCCUGGAGAUGAUGGAGCCCCUGGUCUUAAAGGAUCGAAGGGAGAGGGAGGACUAAGCGGACUUCCAGGUCGGGAUGGCGGAGAAGGAAAAUCUGGUUACAAAGGAGAGAGGGGUGAGAGAGGCGAGUGUGGCACUCCAGGAAUUAAAGGGGACAGGGGUCCUGAGGGCCCAAUGGGCGCCAGAGGAGUCAGAGGUCUCCAGGGUUUACCCGGUCCACAGGGUGACAUUGGACCUGAGGGCCCACAGGGAAAGCAGGGUGACCGGGGUCCAGCUGGCCCGGCCGGAAUUCAGGGAGAAAAUGGUAUUGGACUUCCUGGACCAAAGGGUGAUCUGGGAUUCCAGGGAAAACCCGGCCCUCCUGGUCCUCCAGGGUUGGGUGAAUAUGGCCAGCCAGGGCCUCAAGGGCCACAAGGUUUUCAAGGGGAGAAAGGACCCAACGGAGAGGGGCUCCCUGGGCCAAAGGGAGACCGGGGGCUGGCCGGACCGAGGGGGCCAAGAGGACAGACGGGUGCAGGAAUCAAAGGAGAAAAGGGUGAGUUCGGGCCUCCAGGUCAUCCAGGACUUGUUGGACUUACAGGAGCGGGCAUCCAGGGGGAGAAGGGAGUGGAGGGUCCCAGAGGUCCACCUGGCAGCAGAGGACCUCAAGGAGAGGGCUUACCUGGACCUAAGGGUGAUCAAGGUUUACCAGGAGAGCUCGGAGCUACAGGGGAGAGAGGAGUUGGUGAGCCAGGGCCAAAGGGUGAGCCUGGUACAUCUGGCCUGGCUGGCUUACCUGGUUUUCCAGGUGAGGACGGGGCUCCAGGACAGAAGGGUGAGGCGGGUGUAGCUGGUAUAAGAGGUCCUGAUGGAGCAGCAGGGAUUGGCACCCAGGGCGAGAAGGGAGACCAAGGUCAGAGGGGCAUCCGUGGAUUACAUGGACCUCCUGGCAUGACCGGACCCUCAGGGGCAAAGGGGGAGCCUGGCACACCGGGCCGACUGGGCAUGCCAGGACUACCGGGACGGGCCAUUGCAGGUCCCAAGGGUGAUCUAGGCCCACCUGGUCCCUCUGGGCCGAUUGGAGAGACAGGCUAUGGGCUACCUGGGCCAAAGGGUGACCAUGGGAAUCCUGGUCCAUCAGGACCUUUUGGGCCUAAAGGUGAAGGUUUCCCUGGUCCAGUGGGUCCUCCAGGCCUUCCAGGUCUACAGGGAGAGCAGGGCCCUGAGGGCGUUGGCAUCCCAGGACCUAAGGGAGACAUUGGCUUCAGAGGAUUGCCAGGUUUGCCAGGCCCAAAAGGAAAGGGUGUGCAAGGACCACCGGGUAACAUUGGAAGGAAAGGACCCCCUGGUCCAAAUGGGCCCCCAGGGGAAGGUCUGCAGGGCCCCAAGGGUGAGCAGGGGUCUCAGGGUGUGACAGGGCCAAGGGGACCCAUAGGGGAAGGAUUCCCAGGAGGUAAGGGUGACCGUGGCUUGCAGGGUGAGAGAGGAAAUAAGGGUGUAAAAGGGAGCAUGGGAGAUUCUGGGGUUCCUGGAGAGUCUGGUAGGCCAGGAGUAAAGGGUGAAGCAGGGCUUACAAGAGAAGACAUCAUUAAAUUGAUCAAGGAAAUAUGUGGAUGUGGAAUCAAGUGCAAGGAGAGGCCAAUGGAGCUUGUAUUCGUCAUUGACAGCUCAGAGAGUGUUGGUCCGGAAAACUUUGAAAUCAUCAAGGACUUCGUCACAGCACUGGUGGACCGUACAACUGUUGGACGUAACGCCACCAGAAUUGGACUGGUCCUGUACAGUCUGGAUGUCAAACUGGAGUUCAAUCUGGCGCGCUACAUGACCAAACAAGAUGUCAAGCGGGCCAUCAGGAAGAUGUCCUACGUGGGUGAGGGAACCUAUACUAGCACCGCCAUCCGGAAGGCUACCCAGGAGGCCUUCUACAGUGCCCGUACUGGGGUUAGGAAAGUGGCCAUUGUUAUCACAGAUGGACAGACAGACAAACGAGAGCCUGUGAAGCUAGACAUUGCUGUGAGGGAGGCCCAUGCUGCCAACAUUGAGAUGUACGCCCUGGGGAUUGUCAACACCUCAGAUACAACCCAGGCCGAGUUCCUGCGUGAACUAAAUCUGAUCGCCUCUGACCCUGACAGUGAACAUAUGUACCUCAUCGACGAUUUCAACACUCUACCAGCUCUGGAGUCAAAACUUGUUAGCCAGUUCUGUGAGGAUGAGAAUGGAGCCCUUGUGUUGAAUCGCAACGCUAAUGGCUUUGGAAGGAAUGGGAACAACGGUUAUGGGAACAACGGACAGGGGAUUAGCGGACAUGGGAAUAACGGACAUGAGAAUAACGGACAUGGGAAUAACGAACAUGGAAACAGCUAUAAUGAGGAUCCUAUCCUAAAUCCAAGUGGACGCACCAGUUCCCAGAGUCACAUCAGAGGCCGUGGAGAUAACUUUUCUCUACCCCUCAAUGCUGGACCACUCCCAGUUCAGGUGGAUGAUGAAGAGGGUGAAGAUUUAGACGUAAGGACCCACGUGCGAGGAGGUAGCACUGUGGCUGUAGUUGCCAAAACAGUAUCCAUCUUCCCUGCAAGGGAAAGCUCCCACUCCAACACAACUGUCUCAUCAUCAUCAUCAUCAUCAGGAUCAGCAUCAUCAUCCUCAGGAACAUCAGGUUCAGCUUCAUCAUCCAGCGAGGGCCAAUUUCAGCCUGUAUCAAUUCCUAUCCCUAAUUCUAUUUUCCCCCGAGAGUCCGUCCCGCUCAAUCCCCGCUGUAACCUGAGUUUGGACCAAGGCACCUGUCGAGAGUAUAACAUCCAGUGGUAUUACGACAAACAGGCCAAUUCCUGUGCACAGUUCUGGUAUGGAAGCUGUGAAGGAAAUGCCAACCGUUUUGAGACAGAGGAUGUGUGUAAGAAGACGUGUGUUCUGUCUAAAACAGCUGGUUAAAACAGGCAGAUGAUCAAUCAACUCAUCAGAACAAUCUGCCAUGGAACCAACUAAGCAAAGUGCAGAGCAUUCUUUGAACAGUGUUUAAUAAUAGUCUUCUACUGAUAUCUAAAUAUGGUAUAUUUACAACAGGCAUUUAUCAUUGGAAAUAGUGCUAUUUUGCAGCUCUCUGUGUCUCUCUCUCUUGAGGUGUAGAGAAUAAGGGAGGGACAUGCCACUUCUAGAUUUCAUGAAGUUGCCUUUCUUUUCAGAUGUAUGGUUAUCUGUGGACUUUAUUUACGGAAGUCUGAAUUUGUGAAGAAAAUAUAACGUUGCUAUGGUAACUGUUUUAUUACAUUUGAAAAGUGAUCCUAUACCUUACUCUUAUUAUAUUGAUGUUGGAUUAACUAAUCCAUUCAAUACCUCAAUGUUACUCAACCUUAAGCUGUACUGAACAAAGGGGAUAGGUUCAAGCCCAGCUUUUGUCAUUUCAGGUUUACCUGAGAGAAACAUCACACAAUGCAAUUCUCAUACCUCUUAGCCAUAAGCACAUUGUGCUGCAUUAUGCUGUCCCACAAUAUUGUCUUAUAAUAUAGGGAUUGUCUUCUAGAAUACAUUCUUUUUUGUAGUAUAUGUUUGAAUUCAGUAUUCUUUUUUUAAAGCAAACUAAAUUAAAUAGGUGCUGUAAUUAUUUUUCUUGUUUGUUUAAUGAUAUGAAUUAGUCCGUUUUAGGGUCACAUACGCCAGGCCUAUAAGUGACAGUAUGCAACUUGACCUAUGUAUUUUUCUUCCAAAGUGUUUUGGGAAAUCGCACGUUGCUGUUGAUGAAAAAGCUAACUUUGAAAUUAAUCAAAUUUUUUACAUGUGGACUGGUUUUGAUGAUUUUGUUUUGUAUUUGUUUUUAUUGAUGAAAAAGUAUAGAUAGAUAGAUAGAUAGAUAGAUAGAUAGAUAGAUAGAUAGAUAGAUAGAUAGAUAGAUAGAUAGAUAGAUAGAUAGAUAGAUAGAUAGAUAGAUAGAUAGAUAGAUAGAUAGAUAGAUAGAUAGAUAGAUAGAUAGAUAGAUAGGACAGCCAACAUCACAAAACUAUGGGAAGCAUUGGAGUCAAUAUGGUCCAGCAUCCCCGUAGAAUGCUUUCUACACCUUUUAGUGUCCAUGCCCUGACGAAUUGAGGCUGUUCUGAGGGCAAAAGAGGGUGCAACUCAAUAUUAGGAAGGUGUUCUUAAUGUUUUGUACACUCAGUGUAUUUGGCCUUGUGUUUUAGGUUAUUGUCCUGCUGAAAGGUGAAUGUGUCUCCCAGUGUCUGUUGGAAAACAGACUGAACCAGGUUUUCCUCUAGGACUUUGCCUGUGCUUAGCUCUAUUCCCUUUCUUUUUAUCCGAAAAAACACCCUAGUCCUUGCUGAUUACAAGCAUACUCAUAACAUGAUGUAGAACCGCCAUUCUUGAAAAUAUGAAGACUCAGUGAUGUGCUGUGUUCGAUUUGCCCCAAACAUAAUGCUUUGUAUUGAGGUCAAAACGUACAUUUCUUUGCCACAUGUUUUGCAGUAUUACUUUAAGUAAGUUUAUAGUUUAUAGUGACUGGGUGUAUUGAUACACCAUCAAAAGUGUAAUUAAUAACUUCACCACGAUCAAAGGGAUAUUCGAUGUCUGCUUUUAUUUUACCCAUCUAACAAUAGGUGCCAUUCUUUGCGAGUCAUUGGAAAACGUCUCUAGUCUUUGUCGUUGAAUCUGUUCUUGAAAUUCACUGCUCGACUAAAGGACCUUAUAGAUAAUUGUAUGUGUGGGGUACAGAGAUGGGGUAGUCAUUCAAAAAUCAUGUUAAACACCAUUAUUGCACAUAGAAUUAGUCCAUGCAACUUAUCUGACUUGUUAAAGGACAUUUUUACUCAUGAAGUUAUUUAGGCUUGCUAUAACAAAGGGGUUGAAUACUUAUUGACUCAAGACAUUUCAGCUUUUAGUUUUUAAUUAAUUUGUACAAAAUUCUAAAAACAUAAUUCCACUUUGACAUUGUGGGGCAUUGUGUGUAGAUCAGUGACACAAAUCUAAAUUUUAUCCAUUUUAAAUGUAAAGUUGUAAUACAACAAAAUGUGAAAAAAUUAAAGGGGUGUGAAUACUUUCUGAAGGCACUGAUUCUUGAAGAAUAAAUGCCUCAUGAGCUUAGUUCAACUGUCCCCAUCAGAACCCAAACACUGCAUAGCCUCAAAACAUGGUUCAAACUAUAAUUUAGAAAAUAUCAUGGAUGGUCAGUCCUUGCAUCCAUAACUCUGUCUAUGAAUUUGAGAGCAGUUUACCGAAACAGUGGUUAUUGUUUGAACAGCAGAUUGCCCCUUUAACCAAGCUCCAACCCUCCCCAUGUGCCUUUUGUGUUCGUUCUUCAACUGUGAAUAAAUAUAAUUUUUGGAUUCUUA